AUGAAGGGUCCUUUGGGGAUCGCACCGAAUCGAUUGACGACUUACCGAUUCCAGCAAAUCCCCGAUUUACCACACGACGCCAUGUCGAAUCCCAACGACGUGACGAUUGAUAUCCCUCUCACCGAGACAACCAGCCGUGGUCAGAACGGCGCCCGGAAAUGGGGCUCACACGCCGGCUCCACGGUGCCCAUCAACGGCCACGAAGAUGACAAUGAGAAAGACGGCCUGAAGGGUCCGGGCCGUCGUCGUCGCCAUCAUCAUGGUUCAGAUAUCAAUGAGUCGACGGGGAAACCGUCGGAUUCGCCCGAGGAUGGUUCGAUCAAUCGCAUGGGCCGCAUCUACCAGGCCAUCUACAACUUUUCUAUUGUCACUCGUUACAUGAUUUAUGUCUUUCCUAUUGGCAUUUUGUUGGCAAUUCCCAUUAUUGUCGGCUCCACCGUCGCGCCGGAUGCGAAAAUCGGUGGUGUGCAUAUCUAUUGGUUCUUUACUUGGAUUGAGGUUGUCUGGGUGAGCUUGUGGGCGUGCAAGGUUUUUGCCAAAUUCAUUCCCUACGUCUUUCAGUUCUUGUGUGGUAUUGUCAGCUCGGGGACCCGCAAGUAUGCCCUUAUUCUGCGUGCUUUGGAGACGCCUAUUACGGUUGUGUUGUGGUCGGUUAUCUCGUUGGUCACUUUCCUGCCGAUUAUGACUUUGAACCCCAGCAAGCAGUCCAGCGAGGAUACCAGCGUCACGUCCUGGGAGAAGAGCGUCAAGAACAUCCUCUUCGCCCUGCUUGUAUGCAGUCUCAUCUUCCUCGGCGAAAAGGCCCUCGUUCAGCUCAUCUCCAUCAGCUACCACCGCAAGCAGUUCGAUGCCAAAAUCAAACAGUCCAAGCACAAUGUCUACCUGGUUGGUCUCCUCUUCGAGGCCUCCCGCAACAUGUUCCCCAUGUACUGCCCCGAAUUCAAGGACGAAGACGCCAUCAUCUUCGACUCGCUUUUGGCCCAGUCUAAUGGAAAGCACACAAAGCGCAGCUCCAUCAUGCCCCUUCGUAUGAUGCAGCAGGUUGGCCGUCAGGUUGGCCACAAUGUCGGCCGCAUCGGUGACAAGGUAACUGCGGCCUUUGGCAACGUUGCGUCGGAGCUCACUGGCAAGCAAGUCUUCAACCCGCAAGCCACUCAUUCCAUUGUUAUUGAAGCACUCGAGCGCAAGCGAUGUGCCGCGGCGCUGGCUCGCCGUAUCUGGAUGUCAUUUGUGGUCGAGGGCCGUGAUGCGCUCUUCCUCGAGGAUAUUGUCGAAGUCCUGGGCCCCGACCACGAGGCGGACGCGGAGGAGUGCUUCGCUGCCCUGGACAAGGAUGGUAACGGCGACGUCAGCCUGGACGAGAUGAUCCUGACGAUCAGCGAGUUUGGCCGCAUGCGCAAGUCGCUGAAUCACAGCAUGCACGAUGUCGACCAGGCCAUUCACGUCCUGGAUAACCUGCUGCUCUCCGUCGCCUUCGUGGUUGGUGUCCUGGUCUUCGUUUCGUUCGUUACUACCGGCUUUGGCACCGUUAUUGCUGCCGGUGCUACUUCCCUGCUCUCGCUGAGUUUCGUCUUCUCGACUACCGCCCAGGAGGUUCUGGGCUCGUGCAUUUUCCUCUUCGUCAAGCACCCCUUCGAUAUCGGUGACCGUGUCGAUAUUAGUGACAAGUCAUACGUCGUCGAGCGUAUCUCUCUGCUGUUCAGUGUCUUCCGUACUGUUGGUGAUCACCGCAUGACUCAGGUGCCCAACAAUAUCCUGAACAGUCUGUGGAUCGACAACUUCACCCGUGCCAACGCCAUGCACGAGCAGCUGACCGUGCCCGUGAGCUUUGAUACGAGCUUCGCCGAGAUCCAGGCUCUGCGUGAGGAGAUGGAGAUCUUCGUUCGUGACCCGGCCAACAGCCGUGACUUCCAGUCUGAUUUCAAUAUCGAGGUUGUGGGCGUCGGCGAUAUGGACAAGCUCGAGCUCCGUGUUGAUAUCCGCCACAAGUCCAACUGGUCCAACGAGACUGUCCGUGCCGCCCGCCGUUCCAAAUUCAUGUGUGCUCUCGUCCUGGCUAUGCGCAAGGUUCCUAUCCGGGCCCCGGGUGCGGCCGCUCCCGAGGAGGAGUCCAAAGAUGACGGUGACGACAAGUCUGACGGUGCCCCCCAUGCUGGUGACAACAAGUCGACUCAGGCUGGUGGUGCUGCUGCCGCGGAUAGCAAGCGUGAUGGCUCCGGCCAGGUUGGCGGUCUCACCCCUGCUGCCGCCGCCGCUGCUGCCGGCAUGAUGAACUACGACGCGCAGACCACAGGCUUCGAGCAGAACCGCUCCUCCGGCUCCGUUACACACCGCGGCUCCACCGCUGUCAGCCAGCGCGAAGCUGCUAUUGCAGACCGUCUGAAUGCCCGCUCCCCGGUCGUCCCCGCCGUCGACCCCGGCCGUGACGCCAAUGACGGCCUCUACCGCACGACGACCAACACCUCCAACCAAGGCAAUCAGCUGAGCGUGUACGACGGCAACACUGGCGGUAUCGCACGCGGUCUCUCCACCGGUCACCGCAAGGCCGGCGCGCGAGUCUCCUACCACGACGAAGACGCCCAAAUGCCACCCCCUCUCUCCCCCGUGGCAGCCGGCAUGACUCCCUCGCACAGCGGCGUGCCAAUCCUCAACACGCCCGCGCCCCCAGGCUCCCGCGGCAGCACCCGCUACGAGCCACCCACCACUCACGCACCCACCUCCCAACCCGGUGCGCACCCCAUCGGCUCCUUCGCCCAGUCCUACUAUGGCCACGAGGGCACGUACGACUCGGUCCCGCUGAACGGAAUCACGCCUGAUCGUGCUACCGCUUCCUCAAGCCACUACGACAUGCCAGACCGGUAUGACCCGGCCUCUCCGCCGUCGAUCUACUCGCCGCAGCCGCAGGCGCCUGCGCCGACGUUGAGGAAGGGACGGACGGACUCACCGUAUGGUGCGCAUGAAGCAUGA